AUGACGCUUAAGUACAGCCAGAGGUCUCUAGUGGUUCUGUCCCUGCUGGGGGUCCUGUCCGCCGUCAUGACGGUUCUGUCGGUGAUCCUGAUCUUCCAGCAGCAGUCCCAGCAGAAGGCGGUGCAGGAGUCCCCCCCCUCCACCUCGGCGCUGGUCCCCGCGCACGUCUGGGCCGUGCUGCUGCCCGUGUCCACCGUGCUCGCCGCGCUCGCGCUCACGCUCAACCUCAGCUCGGUGGUGGUGUGCCUCCUCCACGGCUACUUUUCCACCGAGGUCUGCAGGGGGGAGCAGGAUACCGACAGAGCUGACUGGUUCCUUUUGGACAGCAGGGCUGUACGACAUGUAGCUAUUGGGCUUUUCUGCCUGGGGGUGUCCGUCUAUUUAGCAGCCGAUCGGAAAGGCGGGCGGAGGAAAUUCUGGAGGAGCGUCACAUCCCCGAGCCGGGCCUGUCCCCCCCCUCCUUCGGCCCGCCCGACUCCAUCGUCCUCUUCCUGCAAACACAGCGAACGAGAUCAGAAAAGCAGCCGCCACCAGGCGUUUACCCUCCCUCCGUUAGCCUCUGGUUGUUGGAUUCCCCCCCCCCUCACAGGCCUACUCUGCUCUGUCUUUGCAGCCAUGUCCAUUUUCAUGCUCCUGAUGUUUGAGAUGGAGACGGGCAUCGCCAGUGCCUGCGUGCUCUCCUCCGGCAUCCUCAUCCUGCUGCUGUCGGUCAUCCACUCCCUGGUCAAAGCCUCCCGCGCGGCCGGCCGUUACCGUGGCGACCGUGCCGACACGCUCUUCCAGAACGAGAGCGGUGGCGGCGGCGGCGGGGCGCCCCUUUCCCGGCCCUGCGAGCUGCGGGUGGGCGUGGACAAGCCGCGCAUCCACCGCAGCCAGUCCCACCUGCAGCACGCCAUGUCCUACCCCCCCGCCUGUGGCAAUCCCAGACAGAGGGAGCCCUACCAGCCGCAGCAGUACCCCCCCGCAGACCUGGCCGCGGAUAAGGACGACUACAGCGGCGGCGGCAGCUACCCGCGCAUGCACAGGACCCUGUCCACCGAGUCGGGCCUGCUGCAGGCCCAGGUCAAGCCCUGGAACGGAGUCAACAACGAGAUGAGGAGCGUCCUCGCGCGCAAGUCCGGGAUUUCGGCCAAAGACUCCACUCUUGUGUGA